UGUUAUUUGUGAUUGGAAUUCCGGUGUAUUGGCUUCGACUCCGAAUCUUAACAGUUCGACCACGACUCUGGGCGUUCGAAAGACCUGUUCUUAACUGAAGACUCUCUUGUGAAUAUUUGAUUUUCGUUGUGUGUACAAGAGCCUUAACUUUCAAAAUGGUGAUGACAAGAAGCACUGCGAUUGGAUCCAUUGUGACAGGAUCGAUUUUGCUUGGUUUUGCCAUCAUCUCUGUUAUUUGUGGCGCGAUUUCAGCUAGUAAAAUGUCCGGCGCAGCCGCCGCGAGUGCUGGUCUUUGGUCGCUUUUUUUUGCAGUUCCUGGAAUCUUAAGUAUUGUUGCUGGUGCAACUAAAAAUGGCAUAGUGAUGGGAUUUGCUUUGUUUUUCAACAUCAUCGCUGUGAUUGUAUCGAGCAUUGCAACCCUCGUUCUUAUCUUGGCCACCAUACUUUUUGCUAGUCUAAAAUCGAAAUGGGAAUCGAAUGAGUGCUCGUCAUCGGGAGAAGGUGGAUGUUCUUGCGGCGACGAAACAUAUACUAUGGACUGUGGUGACAUCAACACCAUUUUCAUUGUUUUUAUCGCUGUUCUUGUCCUCUACAUCAUUCUCACCAUUACAACGUUCAGUGCGUCAAUCUUUGGAUGCCUGGGAACAUGUUGUGCUCCACAUGAUCCAGUAUUUGUGGUGAGCGCUGGUGUGCCUGCUCAACCCGCGGGUACAGUUGUGGUGACAUCAAAUCAAUCUUCACUUCAGCAAGGCUAUUUCCCUCAGCCAAAUGUCUCCCAACCACCUCCUCCUGUGUACGGUUAUGGCGCUCCACCUCCAUUUGAUCAUGAUAAGGCGGGCUUGCUCAAACAUGAAGCCAUGUAGCUAACAUGGCCAAAGUUUUGCCCUUAUUUCAUUGGUUUUGUGUAGAAGUUCAUUAAAAAUAAUCUUUUGUUUUACUUGAACUUAUGUAUCGUAGUGUUUUUAGCAUAUUAAACUUUGUGAAACGUU